AUGUUUGUACCCAAGCGGCAUUUGGAGGAAGUUGACUUUGCACUCGAUUUUAUGGAAUUCAUGCUCAAAAAAUUGAAAGAAUACCUGGAUAUGGAUCUUCAACUACCAAAACUUGAUGGGAUUACCAUAAAUGAUUUGUUGUUAACAGGAGUAGAGAACUGGGGACUGAUAUACUUUAACCCGAAGAAUGUCCUCUACAAAGGAAACUCUAGUCCGGGAUUAAGGCUGAAUAUUGCAAGAACUAUAACCCAUCAACUAGUCCACAACUACUUUGGCAACCUCGUUGGAAUAAGCUGGUGGAACUCAUUUUGGUUGACCGAAGGCUUUGCCAGCUACUUUGAAUAUUCCUUUUCCAAUUACUACUUGGAAGAUUUCCCGAUGAUUGAUCUCUUCGUCUCAGAUUUAAUGCGUAGGAAUCUUGUUGAACAUUCUCUUCUGAUGUCUGUAUCACUCAAUAAGUACAUAGAACAUCCUGAAGAAGUUUUCUCAGUUUUCGAUUUUGGAAUGAUCAGUAGAGCCGCAUCUACAAUAAGAAUGAUUGAGCAUUUCCUGGGAAAGGAUACGUUUCAAAAAGGACUCCAAAAGUACCUCAAGGAGAUGCAGCAUUUAGCAGCGGAAGCGAAAGAUUUGUAUAGGAACCUUCAAGAAGCAGCUGAUGAAGACCAUUCCCUCCCGGAGGAUAUCAAAGUAGAGGAUGUACUACAAUCAUGGAUAGAUCAACCAGGAUACCCACUUCUGACAGUCAUAAGGAAUUACGAAUCAAACGAAAUUGUUGUGAAUCAGCAGAGAUUUCUUUCAUCACGUGGAGAAGUUGACACCGAAGGGUUAUCUUGGUGCAUACCAUUGUCAAUCAGUACUGCAAGGAAUCCCAAUAUGAACGACACUAAACCUUGGGUUUGGCUCAAAGAAGGGACCCGGGAGGUCGUCCUGAGGACAUCAGAUAAUUUAACAUGGGGGUCUGAGGAUUGGGUUCUGUUCAACGUCGACCAAACGGGAUACUAUCGAGUAAAUUAUGAUACGGAAAAUUGGAUACUACUGGCCAACCAUCUCCAUCAAGGACCUCCAUUUGCAAUUGGGUCUAUUAAUAGGGCUCAGAUCAUUGAUGAUUCCUUCAAUCUUGCUUACUCAGAUGUUAUACCCUUUCCUCUGGCUUUGAAUAUAAUCAAGUACGUUAGGUUUGAACCAGAUUACGGAGUUUGGGUAGCAGCUAAUCAGCAUCUUCUGAGUCUAAACCGACAUCUCGAAGGUCAAUCAUAUGAAUUGUUUUUCGGAAGAUUCUUGCAGCAUAUCACGGAGGACCUGUUCGAGAAACUCGACGUAUUUGAAAACUCAAAUGAAAAGGAUACCGUGAAGAAUACCUUACUGCGACCAAUUAUUGUUGAUCUUGCUUGUCGAUCGCGUUCUGGAAAAUGCUUGACUGCAACGAGAAUUAUGGUAACUGCGGAAGCUCUGACAGGACAUGUCCUUGCUCCCCAAGAAGAACCUUCAGUUUAUUAUUGUCACGGUCUUAAGAAUGCCGAUGAGAAAACCUUCCAAUUUUUCUGGAAUAAGUUUAAAUCCCUGACAAAUGAACAAGAGCGAGCUCAAAUAGCCAAAUCUAUCAGUUGCUAUCGCAAUUUCGACUUUGUGUAUGAUGUCUUGAUGGAACUAGCAACGGAUAGAUUUUACAGUCUAUUCACAGUAUUGGAGAGAUUCCAGAUUCUCAUUACAGCUGUUCGUCAUGGAAAUUCAAAAGUUGCACUUGAAUUCCUUAAGGCCAAUCACGAAAAUAUUUCCAGAACUUUUAGUUUUAAUUUGAGAAUGGAGCAAACUUUAAGGGAACUCGCACAGAAUGUUCUAGAUGAAGAAGUUGUACUGUAUCAGGAAGUCAUAGAUAUUCUUUUUGAAGCUGGUCACAUAAGUUCGAAUCAAGUUAGGCGGUACAAGCUGGAAUUGGAAUACCAACAGACUUGGAUCGAAGAGAAUAAGUUAACCAUCGAAGAUUGGAUUAUGGAAUACUUUGAACCAAGUCAGAGCAAGGCAGCUAACCAAAUUACCUAUCUGGCCUUAAUUAUCUUUUCAGUUUCUGUAAUUAUACUAUCGCGAUAAAAUACAAACUAGGUAAAUAUUUUUACUUUGGUUGUUUGCUUGUAUGAAAGUCA